GCCGUUCUCCGUUCUGGAAUCGUACAGUAAGGCCUCUGUUCAGCAUAUGUGUUUCUCACAGAAUUUCGUGAAAGACUUCUAUUCACACGGUGGUACACGCAAACGCUAGACUUCAACUUUAAAUCCCUUCCUUCUACUGAGCGUGCAGCGGCAGGUGGAGCGUCACAGCGAAGAGCCUCCGAAGCGUUAGGUGACCUUGAGCGUGGAGUCUUGCACCCGUUCGAGAAAUCGCUGCGAAAGCAGUCGAAAGAACCGUGUCCCACUCAGCUCGUUGCCUGGAGAAGCCCCCGCGCUGCCACACAGAGGAUUCGUCCGCGUUUCUCCGUCGUUUCUCUCCCCUUCCACUCUUCCACGCCUGCAACCCCCCAAAAAAUCUGUUGAGAGACUGGCAGCCGUGAAGCGACGCAGAAUUCGCGAGCAUUUCUUUGUCCGGCUUUCGAAAGACCGUUCCAGCUUGGAUCUGCGAAAGCGGUCUAGAAAAAAGCAUGUUGAGGCGUUUUUCCGAGAACAGAGGGGACGCAACGCACUUGGCUGCGGUUAUCGUUCCGCGAAGAACGAGGACAUGUGAGGCAAGAAUCGUGAACAAGCGAAUUUGGCAGCGCUACAAGAGCCACCGACGGAGCACAGUUGGUGACAAUACAGAAAAUGAUUCCUAAACUUCACGAGAGGUGAGGCGACAAAGAGUUUUAAGUCAGGUUUUCUAGACUCUUGAGCUCCAUCGGCGAACCGUCUUGGUGUCGACGUCUUGAACUCGACCUUCUCUGCAGGGUAUGCUAGCCAUUCGUUCUUUUCGGCGCCUCUCUCGCAGACGCUGAGGCAAUUGAGUUUUCCUGCUUCGGAUGAAAGCACCAUUUUGAAAGAGCGUAGUUAACUGGAGAAAAUGCUGGGAUCUCUCUCCCCAUUUCCCGUUGAAAAACUCGAGAGGACUCAAUGUGUCGCAUCGCGCUUGUGUGCUAGCAAAGAGAGUGGCACAGCUCCCGCGAGCUGAUGGUGCCGACAAGUUUCAAGAGUGACGGUAGUUUCGUUUUUCCCCUGGUGACUGAUUCGCUAUUUCUGCGGGCAAGUAUUCCACGGGGAGACGCUCCCGAGAAAAGCGCAGAAUCCCUUCUCAUCCCGGGGAGAGACCACGUCCCGACGCCAGUGGACUUUUUUCAGCAGCCUCCCAGGCACUGGUCCUGCGGGACGUUCUGUUUCUGUACGGCUGUGCGUUCCUGUCGUCUUUCCGCGCUCGUUUUCCACGAAUUAUCAGCGAAUGCUCUCCAGCCGACUGUGGGCGCUUCGCGUGUCUUCAACUAGCGCUGAGCGUCUCCGACCCUCGCACUUUGCUGGGCAAGCGGCAAAGCAAGGGAGCUUUGUGUAGCUGUGUUUCGCGAAUGGCCAGCACGGCGCCUCCUUUUCAGAAGACAGCUGGAAGCAAAUCAGCGGCUAUGCGGAGCAGCAUCUUUCUCCAGUCCUCUCUUCUCGACGAACACCCCCCCAGGUUUCACUCGAGCACCUCUCCCGUGAGCAAAGUACCUGCGACGAAACGCACGGACCCGCGUGGUGAAUCGAGUUUAGAUCUUCAUGAAACAGAGAGAGGACGAGAGUCACGACUGCACGCCGCUUCGACCCUUUGUGAGCUCCCAACUUGUCAACUUCUCUUUUCCGGUCUCUCGUUUCCACGGCCCUUGGCGUCGCGUGUAACUCCUGGAACGUCUUCAGUCGUUCGCAGCGCUAACGCCCUCAUUUCCCCAGCGUCUUGACACCUUUUCAACCUGCUCUCCCCUCACCUUUUCCGGCUCGCCUCGCCUCUCUCUCUCUCUGUUGCGAACCGGCUUCUGAAUUUCUCGAGCGGGUUGCCUUGCUCCGUCUUACACUGGGACUUUUGACAAGUUCCCAUCUGCAGUUCGCGUUUCCACCGUUUCUCUGGACUUUUUCUCGGAGUCUCCGGUACCCGCGAAAGUCAGUGAGUGCUUUCUGGUACGCACAAAAGCCGCCUCCAAAGAACGUUGGUGUUUUUCGUUCCAGCUUCCAGAGAAAAGAAAGGAAGGGCAGAAGGAACGCUCUUCGGUUCCGCUUUGUUCCGGAGACACAGCAGCCGCGGGAAAGGCGUAUUUGUCGCCGACGCCCUCAGUCACUUAGGUUUUCCGUGAAAUCGAUGCGGCAGGAGAGUUUCGACAGACGCCCGUCGCCAGAACGUCACAUCGACACGCCCACGUAGCAGCAGCGGUGGCGCUUUGGAGGACUCGAGACCUCUGCAAAACACUGACAGCCGAGAAAGCCCUCUUCGUUCGUCCACAGGUUCUCUUCGGCUUCCCCUGAGCUUCUCUCCGGCCGAGAAAAAGAUGGUCGCACUGGAAGAAGCUCCUCCCUCCUCGGAGGACAGGCGCUCAAGGAGGGACAAUCCGAAGCAGUUGCCAUCGACAAAGAACUCCGACUUGCCUGAGAUGAGAAUUCCUUCGCCCCAUGCCUCUACCGUCGAUACACAGGGGAAAAACAAACGAGGCACUGCCCUCAGCUCUUCCUCCUCUUCAUCUGCCUCCUCUUCAUCUGCCUCUUCUUCAUCUGCCUCUUCUUCUUCAUCGUCGUCUUCCUCUUCCUCUUCUUCUUCGGAGUCCCGCGACUCCUCCCUUUCUCACCCAGCCUCCUGGGCUCGAGAGUCCGCGUCCCCCUCUGGGGACUCUGAGUCUGGAAUGGAAAACUCGAAGGGAACUUUGAAAGAAACUUCGAAGGGAACUCUGAAAGAAAACUCGAAGGGAACUUUGAAAGAAAAUUCGAAGAAAACUUUGAAAGAAAACUCGAAGGGAACUCUGAAAGAAACUUCGAAGGGAACUUUGAAAGAAAAUUCGAAGAAAACUUUGAAAGAAAACUCGAAGGGAACUCUGAAAGAAAACCCGAAGGGAACUCUGAAAGAAAACUCGAAGGGAACAUUGAAAGAAAACUCGAAGGGAACUUUCAAAGAAACUUCGAAGGGAAAUUCAGAGAGUGAAUCACGUGGACCUUCAGAGGGAAAGGCUUCGGGAGACAUGAAAGACACUCCACCACUUUCAGCGGAGACGACGGACCUCUGGCGUCCUGCACACUCCGCUUCAGCAGGUGACAACGCCCUGUCGUCCUUGAAAAGCCAAGACGCAGAUUCGUCUCCUCCAGCGUCUCUGUCUCUUUCAGGUUCCUCCAGUUCGUCAGAUCCGUCUCUUCCUUCGCGUUCUCAGAAACCUCUCAGUCCUGUUUCUCAAUCUCCACGUGACCCUGUGCCUGUGUCUCACUUGACAUCUGCUGCCGCCCCGUCUGCUUCUCCUUCUUCGCUGCUUACCGCCUCCCAGAAGUCUCCCUCUGGGAUCUCGUCUUCGCCUUCGCAAGGUGAGAACGUCGAGCGUUCUUCACAUCUUCCUCCAGCCGUCGCAGAGCCGUGUUCUCCUCCGUUUUCUCCCUUGGACGACGACUUGAAUUCUCUCGGAGUUCAGGGAGCGUCCGUUGCUCGUCGACUUGCCUCCUUCGACGUCGAGCAGACCUUCGCUCUCGCCGCCGAGCUCUUCCCCGCUACGUUUCCUUCCGCGAAAGAGAGCGACAGCAGCGCUGCGGCUCGGGCGUAUGCUCGCCCAGAGCCUCCUGCUCUCCCAGACGGAGGCCUCGAACUCGACACCGCGUCGCUGUUUGACUCUCUCGAGGACGAGACGCGCGUGGAGGCUCUGAGGCAGAGACUGCGCGAAGCGGAGUUUUGGUUCCGAAAGCUUCGUGGAGAUCUUUUUCUCUGGAUCGAGAAGGCCCUUGACCUGCAGGCGCGCGUCGGGGACGCCGCAAAGCUUCAAGCCACGCAAGCCUUCGCCAUCCAAGAGCUCCGCAGAGAGAAGCGCGCUGCCGAGCGGCAAAUGCAAAAGGAGAGAGACAGUUUGAGGCGAGAGCGCGAGGCUUCUCUUCAAGAAGUCGCUGCGUUGAGACACGAACUCAACCAACUGAAGAGUCGCGCUGCGGGCGCCGACGCAGCUGUCCGCGCUGCUGCCAGAGUUGCGGCGGAGACAGAUGACCAGCGAGGAAAGUCCGGGGAAGGACAAGAGACAGAGCAAGAGGAACGAGCAGCAGACAAAGCCGCUCUGGUGUCUCUGACGGCUUCCGUGGCGGCGCUGAAGACAGAGCGAGAUGGCCUCGUUGGCGAGUUGUACUACGAGCGCCGCAGGCACAAGGAGGUUGCGGAGGCGUUCGAACAGACCCGUUACAUUUGCGAAUCAGAGCACCUGCCGAACCUGGAGAAGCUUCGGGCGUCGCUGGAGGCCAGUGAGGCGGAGCGGCAUGAGAUCCAGGCCCAGUUGAUCCAGUACAAAAUCAAGUACGCGGAAUCGGCGUUUGAAGAGUUGGAGUCGCGCCAGCAGGCAAUGCAGCAAGGCCUUCAACACAUGCAGACUGUCCAGCAGAUGAAAUCUCUCCAGCUCGAGGUCGCGAACCUGACUUCCCCGCGGGGGCUCCCGGACUCGCGGGGCGGCGAGUCCGCGCUUCUGAGCCGCCACAAUUCCCAACGCAGACGUGACGAGUCCCCGUCGUUAUUGUCGCGGGUCUGCGCGGCGCUGAGCCCACGAGACUCCAGAGAGCCCCGAGGUCCUCACGACGGCGCCACGGGGGCGGUUGUCACCCCAGCUUCGCCCCUCGUACAGGGCCUCGGCGAUGGGCCUGAAGUUGACGCCCGUACCGGCGGCUUCGGAUCUGUUCGAGGCUUCGCGGACGCAGAGGGCGGCGUGAACUGUCUGGGGGUCCAGGCGCCGCGGCUCGCGGGUUCGGUCAUCCGGUCCCCACGGGGCCCUUCGGGCCCAACUAGCGGUCCGGGGCUAGCGACCCCGGGGCUUGCGGGGGCGUUCGCGGCGGUCGCGCCUCUGGCCUCACCCCGGGGCGCGAACGCGGAGGAAGCGGGCCUGUCCCCUCUUUCCCGUCGAAGCGUCCCCAGUGGAGACGGGGGGUCGGCCACGACUCUCCCAUCGACUGAGGGGCGAGUUCAGAAUCCAGAACUCGAGGAUCAGGUCAGGCCCCUGACGAGUCGCAUGUCUGGGGUUCCGCGAGUCCCGCCGCUUCGCCUCGGGGACUUCCAGGGCCGACUCCGCGACGCAGGUACCAGCAGCCCCGGGCCUGUCGCGGGUCACUUGGUCCAGGACGACGCGGCGCAGGCGCCUUGCGGCGACGAGGGGCGAGGCCAGCUGGGGCGCUAUGGGAGUUGCGGCGAGACGCGGUCGCGGGUGCAGCACUCCUUCAGCUGGGCUUCCGAGGCGUCAAGAGACAGCGGCCAACCACAGGAAAGGGGAUGGAAGGAGACUGUGACGGGGACGACGCGCAAGUGGUUCGGGAAGCUAAACCGUCUGACAUCCCGGCGGACAGGAGAGGAGGAGAAGAAGGCUCACGAGGCCCGGAAGACGCAGGGCGGGGACGACCUCCAGAGCGACCGGAACCUGCGAACAGUCUCCGAGGCUGCGGCAGGGCGUACGGGGGCCGGGAACAAGAGAAAUGUGUCUCGAAGGGAGGCGGACACCGCGGAAACGGGGAGGCAACGCGUGGGCAGAAGUGAAAGUAUCAGCGAAGGCUUCUCGUCCUCAUCUCGGUCGUCCUUCGGCUUUUCCGGGUCGGACGAUUCCUCGUCCUACUCGCGGUCGCGCCGGUCCUCCAGCGUGGAGCGUUCGGUCACGCAGGAGUCCUUCGACUCGGCGAGGCCACAGCCGGGCACUCUGCGGUUGCAGAGGGGCGAGGCUGAAAGUCCGCAGUCUUUCGAAGAGAAAAGUGGAGAAACCGCGACGGUCUCGCCUCGGGAAAGGGGUGGGGAGGCGGCUGCUUCAUCUCCUCUUGCCAGGGCCCGCGCUGUGUCCCUGAAGGGCCUCGCGCGCUGGGGCUCCAGUGGAGGAAGCCUUGCAGCUCUGUGGAGUUCGGCGCUCGGGAGUGGCAAGGCGGAGACAUGCGAGGAAGGAAACAGGAGUCCAACUCGCUUCCGAAAGCCAGGCAACGGAGAGACCCCAGAAGCGUCGGACUCGCAAGUUGCAGGACAGCAAGGAAGACUUGAUGUUCUGGAAGUUUCUGACGAGCAUACCAGCGCCAGUCGCCCGCUCGAGGAAGGACAGGGAGACGCAGGAGCAGAGUGGGAGAGAGGAAGGAGCUCGGGGCGAGAAGAAGGACCGAGAGGAGGAAAGGAGGCAGAUGGAAGAGAGGAGCGGGAAGCCAGUCUGUGCGCACUGGAGGGUGAAGAAGGCGAGAGAGGACACGACAGAAAGAUGAGGGUGGCAAGGCGAACAACAGAUCCGAUAGAAUGGCUAGCGGAGCAGUAGUGACGACCGGGGGCAGGGGGGGGGGGGAAGAAGGCGAUUCGAGGUGGAAUAUGUUUGCUUUCGUGGACCAUGGCGGUACAGACACAACGGGACACCCAGUCGGUUGCUUAAAAAGGGGACUCGAAAGGCCCUCCUGGCGCGAUUGUAGAGACCAGAGGUCGAAAUAUCGCUCGACAGCUUUUGACGUUUUUUCGUAACCACACGAGAGAGCAGAAAAACUGGAAGCUAGUCGUCUGUUGUGCGACAGUGCUGCUAACUCCACUGUAGACAGGUGUAGUCUAGAAUCUGGUGCAGUGACGUGCGAACGGGCGUCGAUUUUCGACAGUCUGCAGAUAGGAAAAACCUUGUUGGGUAGUUGAAACUGGAGCGCCAUGGCGAACGGAUGCUUGCGAAAAAACUAAAAGAAACGCUCGCGACAUCCGUUUCGUAGAUUUCGCCAACGCAGGCAUUGUCUGACAGAAAGACUCGAGAGAAAAGCUUCACCGGAAUGGAAAAAGUGUGUCAUAGGGGCGCGCGCGGAAACAAGACACCUGAGAGAGCGCCCGCCAGUACGCGUGUCAACUCGAAUAAACAGAGACAUCAUGGUACCUAGCAUCUAGGAUACUCUGAAUGUAACUUUGGUUAUGAGGCACAGCAUCCGACAUUCUUUAUGACCCUUGAAAUGCGAGGACGCACAAUUCCUGAUUGGGACGUUCGUCAUGAGUACCAACAACCAAGUUCUUUAUUCUUGCUGGCAGUAGUGUAACUGUCUGUCCCCCUCUCUGGCAGAUCGCAGGAGAACCGUUGUUAGCGCGAAAUGCCGUGUUUCCUCAAAAGAAAGAACCGCGUCUUGCAUUUUCUCUGUCUCCCUCUCGGUCUCGUCCGUCUGUCGAUUCCGCAGACAGGGCAUGGUGAAUCCAUCCGACCGUAAACCUGACGAGCUGAAUCUCCGCUGCUAGUUUUUUCUCGUUUUUUCGCUACGUCACAGGAGAAGCAAAACGUCUUCCCGCGCUUGCUUGCUUGAGUGAGAGAGGCUCGAAUGCCACAAGCAUGUUCCGUGUUCUUGAUCGUUUCGUACACGGCGGUUACGAGGUCACUUUGCAGAGCCCGACCUCAGAGACAGGAGCUCGAGUAUAUUCACCCUUGUCUAUAGUCUUUUCGCCAUCCAGUCUGCGUUUAGAGAGAGAGGAAACUGUGCAACGGUUGAUUGUUUUUGUGUCCCCUUUGGGCUGAAAGGAGCACCGGCGGGCACACUCUGCCAGGGGCGCGGGUCGACAAAAAACUCGAGAAAUGCUCGAGUCUCGGGCAACUCCAGAAACUGAGGCAUUCCCUCGGUUGUGUCUGGCGGUUGUGUGCAACAGCUUCUGAAAAACAUCAGUUCCAUUAGUAGAGACCACACGAGUCCGUUGAGGUUCUGCAGCCCCCCUUCCAGAUCUGAAACACUGAACUAGGGAGUUGGCGGAUGGGCAGAACAGCCAAAAACCUGGGACUCAGCAGAGACUACGUGGACCGUUCUUUCGCGAUCGAGGGUGCCCUGGUCUGUGAAGUCCUUUUUCG